GCUUGCUCAGAAAUUUGUUGACCGCCAUUUUUUUAAAUUUACGUUCAAAAUAUUGAAAAAUAUAGCUAAAAUACACUAAAAUACAAGUUAGUGGAUGUGUUAAAAGACUAAACUAUCAUCGAUUCUCAUUGUCAAAUUCCAGACCGAUUUAAUCAGACAUGACAUUGCUACUAGAACAAGUAAAGAGAGUAAAUGAUGCGGGACUAUUGUCCAAUCUGCGAAUUACCGCUGGACUGGUCUUAUCGUCUCUACCACCUUGCAAGUCGAACGAUCUACAGGGAAUGGCUAAUCAUUGCAUCCUUCUUGUGUAUUAUGCUGAUUCUUUAUUUGAAAGUCUAGAGUUCAGGAGAGCUGAGAAAUACUAUCAAACUGCCUUGCAAUACAAGAAAAAUUUAAUGAAAAAGAAGUAUAAAUCAACCUCAGCAAUGGGGAAUAUGUCUGAUGUCGAUAUUCGUUACAAGAUCUAUCUGUGUCAAAUGAAACUGAAGGACUACAAAAGUGCUCAGAAAACUCUUGACGACAUCCCUCCAAAGCAACGAUCACCUCAGAUAACAAUGUGCUUGGCAAAACUUUACCAUAAACUGGGUAUUGAAAGGCCUGCCAUUGCUUGCUAUAAAGAUGUCUUGAGAUCGUGUCCUUUAGCUUUGGAAGCUGCAAUGGGUCUUCUGCAACUUGGUCAAAACGCCACGGAAGUGACAUCCUUAAUGUCUGUUUCAAUGCCUUCCGUAGGAACCUUCGAAUGGUUGUUGAACUGGCUGAAGGCUUACGCUCUCAAAGCAACAUCGAAAUUCACAAAGGCUGCACAGCAGCUGAAAACACUCGAGUCUCAGCAUCUUCGAGACAAUGUCGAUGUGCUCUGUCUGUUGGCUGAAUGUCAAUGGCAGUCGGGAGAUUUGAACAAUGCGAAGACUGUUUAUAAUAGGGUGCGUUCAUUGGAUGAGAAGUGUUUACAAGGAAUGGAUCUCUACGCCAGUCUUCUUGCUCAAAACGGUGAAAAACAAAAUGUUGAAAGUUUGGCCGAGGAACUUAUAGGAGUAAGUGAGGAUCGACCCGAACCUUGGAUUGCCAUGGCGCAUUCGUCUUCUGUUGCAAAUAAAAAGACCCGGGCUAUCUAUUUCGCCCAAAAGGCACAUAACAUGGACAAUCAAAACAUACAGGCAUUACUUACAAAAGGUUCCCUACUUUCGUCAGUGAAACGAAAGAAUGAGGCGAUCGACCACUACCGUGAAGUCACCCGACUUUCUCCAAAUAAUUACGAAGGAAAUAAAGGUCUUAUUGAAUGUUAUCUUGCGAGCAAUCGACACAAGGAAGCCUUAGUGAUUGCAAAAAAUGCACAUAAAUGUCUGGGAACAAACCCUCGAACCUUGCUGCUUUUAGCAAUGGUCUUGUCGAAGGAAAGUCAAACUCAAGAAAAGGCGAAACAGAUGCUGGAGAAAGCCAUCGCUCAGGAUCCAAUGUUUGCUGAUGCUGUAUAUGAUUUGGCCGAGAUGCUAACGAAAGAACAAAAUCACGAAGGAGCUGUGGAAUUAUUAAGAAAACAUUUAACGCACAUCAAGAGUGCAAACCUUCACAUACUUCUGGGUGAUAAUCUCGCAUCUCUGAACGAGUAUCAAGAAGCGUUGGAUCAAUACAGCAUCGGGAUAAGCAUUUUGAAUAAUUUCAUAUCAACUGUCAACUCUUGCACUUGUAAUGUGAAUAUCCUUGACAGAAUGUCUUCGUUUGUGAAGGAGCAUUUGUUUAGGAUUGGAAAAUUUCUUGCUUGGGUAUCGUCAACACAAUAUAAAAAAAAUCUUCUGGGAUUUUCAAUGCUGUAUGCAAAAGGAAAAUUUUCCAAUGGGGAUUUUAUGGCCGAACCUGUUACACCUUUAGGAAAAAUAGAGAAAGAAAGCAAAGACAUGCGAACGAGAAUGGAAUUGAUGAUUAUGGAGCUACAGAGAAAGUUCUGUGAUGAGCUAACGAGGCUUGAUGGUUCUGCUUUCAAGGUUGAUCGCUGGGAGCGAAAAGCUGGUGGAGGCGGGAUAACUUGUAUAAUUCAGGAUGGAGAAGUAUUUGAAAAAGCUGGUGUAAAUAUCUCAGUUGUUCAUGGCAAGCUUCCAAAAGCAGCCAUAGAACAAAUGAAACAAAGGAACCAAUUGAAAGGUAUCAAAGACAACGAUUCUUUGCCAUUCUUUGCCACUGGAAUAAGUUCGGUUAUCCAUCCACGGAAUCCAAUGGUCCCCACAAUUCAUUUCAACUAUCGUUACUUCGAGGUGCAGGACAAGGAUGGUAACAAAUCAUGGUGGUUUGGAGGUGGCACAGAUUUAACACCUUAUUACCUUGACAUAGAGGAUGUGAAGCACUUUCACCAAACAUUGAAGGCUGCCUGUGACAAACACGAUAGCAGUUACUACUUAAGGUUCAAAAAAUGGUGUGACGAUUACUUUUUCAUAAAAUUUAGAGGUGAAAGACGUGGUGUUGGUGGUAUUUUUUUCGAUGACGUCGAUCAACCUUCACAGGAAGGAGCAUUCCAGUUUGUGAAAAGUUGCGCUCAGGCAGUUAUACCAUCGUAUAUUCCCAUCGUCGAAAAACAUAUGAACGACUCGUUCACAUCCGAACAAAAGCAUUGGCAGCAACUUCGCAGAGGAAGGUACGUCGAAUUCAACUUGGUGUACGAUCGCGGGACUAAAUUUGGUCUAUAUACGCCUGGAGCGAGAAUAGAAAGUAUAUUGAUGUCUCUACCGCUGAUCGCACGCUGGGAAUAUAUGCAUGAACCAGCUUUUGGCAGCGAAGAAGCCAAGCUAAUGGAAGUUUUGAAAACUCCAAGGGACUGGAUCCCAGUCGGUGAAUGACCUAUUUCAGAUAAGUUUCAAAAUUGAACAUAUUUAGAGCAUAGAAUUUUUUUGAAUGAAUAGACAACUUGAAUUUCGGCUGCGUUAAAGGCGAAUUGAAUCGGUUCGAUGGUAUUUCGCGUAUUAUGAAUUAGUUGUUUAACUUUAUUUUUCGGCAACCUAUUUUCUGAUUGGUGGUUUGCCGAUGACCGAAUAUGUGAAUUGUAAAUUAGUUGCUUGAGAUAGUUUUUUCCUAUAAAAUUAGUAGUCGUAGAAUGCUUUAUGAUAAUGAAUCAUCCCCUAUAUUCUUA